AGGUCUGGAAGUGCGGAGAGGAGAAGCGGGGGGAAUGAUGGCGGUGAGCAAGAAGGAGCAAGUUUGAUACUGUAAGAGGAAAAAAAAUGGCAUCUCGAGGCAUCUUUUGGCGUCUGACUCGAUGAAGCGACUAGAUGACUUCGCCUGAGCUGAGAGACCAGUACUCCAGAAACCCUACGCCGGACCCAUCAUGGCACCGGCUGCAUAAAGUCUUGUGGUAGUUUAAAAAAAUAAAAAACAUUCCAGAAAGCUGACUUUUUAGGAUUUUGCUCCAGUCAUAAACAAGCAACAAGAUGAUCAAAGCAGAAAGCAAAGGAGCAGAGAGGACUCUGAGAAGUGCCUCCCCUCACAGAAAUGCAUACAAGUCUGACUUUCAUGCCAUUAAGUGCUCCUUUGAUGGUCCAAAGUCUGAAUCCAUCUCUAAAAAUGUUACAAACGGAUCCAGUGACACCCGGGACGAAUCGAGGGGAAGGCCUUUUGGAACCAGAGUGAAUAAGAUAAAGAACAUCUUUCUACAGAUGGACGGUCAGCAACAGGAGCACCAAGAAGGAAAACCGACUUUAAAGCCCGAUGUUCCCCAGACUUCUCCAGCCAAGAUGCAGUUUCCAGCUAAUGCUCACAAGGUUAGCUUUAACAGUGCCUCAAGCCCAGAAUCCCACACUUUAGAUAAAACGCCCAAGGGAGACGAAGUUGAGAUUGACAAAGUGGCUUUGGCAGAAAAGUUUUCUGUGACCAGAAAACUAUUUGAAAGAGGCAUCAAAGAGAAGGCUGUGACCGAAAAGCAGCCCUCAAACAGAGUAGUAAAUCGUUUGUCCUUUGGAAGUGCCUCAGACGAAGGGAAAAGCACAAGAAGAGUGUCAGGAAGCUCUGAAACUGUUGGCAAAGUAGAGCAAACUCCUGUAUCAACGGUUAAAAGUCACACAGAGGAGAUGGCAGAUGGUGAGAGAAGGCCUGCGCCUAAAGUGUCGCUAAAUGCAGGGCCCAUAUCCAAGAGGUUGGAAAAUUAUAUGGUUGAGAAUGACACAGAAGACAACCACACAUCUGCUGGGAAAGAAGAAUUGGUGUCUGCUAAACAACACAUACAGCCUACCUCUCCAACAAGAGACAGUUUACACAAAGCUACGUCUUCUGUCAAAGAGGCAGCUGACUCUGUAAAUAAUAUCACCAACAAAAAUAAAGACAAGCCUGCAUCUGCAGGGUCAGGUUUUGGGCUUAAACCGACAGUUACCAGUCCGGAAACCAAAUCUGUUUCUUUGAUAGCUGACACUGCUCACAAAUUUCACUCAUCGGAGGAGACRACCUCAGUUAGCCACGGCUACAAGUUCUCUUCAUCACCUGCUGAAAGAUUAAAUCGGACAUCUGCUGGUGGGGAUGAAGCUAAACCACGUAGUCCUCCCGCAAAAGAUGAGAAACCAUCUUUGACAUCAACUGAUGGAUCACAGCACGCAGACAGGACCAAAUACCAGGAAAAGGCCAAGCGUAAAGAUGGCGCAACUCUCGACUCUGCAGGGGACAAGCCUACCAUCCAGCCUUCAGUCCCAGAAACCAAAGUGGGGAGCACGGUGCGGGCUGAACUGGUUGUGGUUCAGAAUGAGUCCUCGGAAAGUGAGGAUAACGAGGAUGAAAAUGUUGAGGACCAGAAAAACCACAGAGACGUAAAAAGAAGCUUCACAGCAGAAAAAACACAUUUUGAAACAGAUCAUCAAAGAGGAACAGACACUGUAAAUGAAGGGAGACUCCUGGAGGAUGAUGAGGAAGAAAAGGAGGAAGACAGUUUUGUUGUGAGUCAAGAUGGUGAAGAUGAUGAGGCAGCAGAUGAAGAGGCUGCACUAGAGAAGCAAGUGGAUAGGGCCUCUCCAGGAGUGUAUGGUAUUGAGAACGCAGCAUUUGUGGAUGACAGAGAUGUAGACCAGGUCAUUAGGGAAGAGGAGGAGGAGGAGGAAGAAGGGGAGGUGGAGGCAGAGGAGGAAGAUCAAACCUAUGAGGAAUACGAUGACUGUUAUGAGGCCCCUGGCCUCUCAGAUGAAGAUGAACCUCCCCCAAAGAGGAAAAUUAAGUUCUCCACAGAUCCKAUCUUGGUCUUUAGUACCUUUUCCAAUGAGGACUAUGAUCGGCGUAAUGACGAUGUUGACCCAGUUGCCGCGUCAGCAGAAUAUGAACUGGAGAAAAGAGUGGAAAAGAUGGAUGUGUUUCCAGUGGAGAUUGAAAAAGGAGACAAUGGACUUGGGAUCAGUAUCAUAGGAAUGGGAGUGGGAGCUGACCAGGGUUUGGAAAAACUCGGCAUAUUUGUGAAAACAAUAACAGAGAAUGGAGCAGCUGAGAAAGACGGGCGGAUACAGGUGAAUGACCAGAUAGUAGAAGUGGAUGGUAUCAGUUUGGUGGGAGUGACCCAGCUGUUUGCUGCAACAGUGCUAAAGAACACCAAAGGCACAGUCAGUUUCCUGAUUGGACGGGAGAAACCAGGAACUCAAAGCGAGGUAGCACGCCUCAUAAGUGAGACACUAGAGCAGGAGAAGAACCAGCAGCAGCAUUUGGAUGAUCUUUAUGAACACUCUACAGAAGAGGAGGAGCGGUAUGAGGAGGACGAUGUAGUCGAAGAAAGGAUUCUGGGGUCCAAUUUCUCUCCAGGGAGGAACGUAGAGGUGUUUGAGCUGCCCGAUUCAGAGGCCUUGUUCAUGCCAACCAACAUGGACGCCUCCCAAAUGGCCUUCAAGUUCAAAGAGCUGCAGGUUAAGCACAGCAUCGCAGUAGCUGAAAUAAAUCAACUAAAGAAAAAGCUCAAGCAAUCAGACGAGGACAAAUCAUUGUGGGAAGUAAGAGAAUCUGCACUGGAGCAAAAAAUUGAGGAUAACAGCGAUAAAAUCCUGAAGUUGGAGAAUUACUGGCUGGAAGCCCAGGCGGUGUGUAAGAGUGUGAACGAACAAUUAGCCGAGACUCAGUCUCAGUACGAAGCGCUGGACAAGAGAUACAACAAGGCUAAGAAACUAAUCAAGGACUACCAGCAAAAAGAAAUAGAUUUUGUGAAGAAAGAGGAGGAACUGAAAAAGCUCCUAGAUGAAAAAGACAAGUUGUACAAGGAGCAGCUGGAGAGCUUACAGAAAAGAAUUGCAGCCCUCGAGUCCAGAGGUUCUUCAGUUGUGGAAAGUCAGAUCUGUCAGGACCCUGCGGCUGAAGAGAGACGAGGCAACCMAGACUCAGUCAGCAACUCCCAGUCUGUUGACUCUCUGUUAGAUCAAGAUUGGAGUGAGUUAAUCCCUGAAACUCAGCGCUUGGACACAAGUGCUCAGAAAGCAAAAUGCCGGUUGGCUCAGAAGUCCAAACGCCAGGCUCCAUCUCGGAGCAAACUGAAGGAGAGCCUCGAUUCUCCUCAUCCUCAGGAAGCUGAAGAAGACAACGGAGAACAGGAGGAGCAGGGAUCCAUCAGGAGGCGGAGGUCCAUCCAGGAGAGCCUGACUCUCCCCAUCCCUGUCUGUUAUCCCACAAACGGACAGAAAGAUGAUCCAGGCGAGUCUAGAGACGCUUCCCAGAGUAAAGCAGAGCUUUCCAGCAGCCCGUCUUUGUCACCGUCACAAGGAGACAGCAUUGACAGCUGUGGAAGUCCUCCUUUGUCACCUCCAAAGCACAGUUCCUCACCUCAAUCUCCCUCUGGUUUCAUGCAUAACGUUAAGAAGAAGGAUUCUAAAACCAAGGGGAAAGAGCUCAAAGAGGAGCUAAGUGAGGCUUCCUCUGCAGCAAAACCUAAAAGACGAUUUCCAGACUUUGGGGGCCUUCGAAAGUCAGGUGGUAAAGGGAAAAAACAGGACAAAGAGGCGAUGAGAGCAUCUUUGGACAGCAGGGGGUCCAGAGGGUCUUCAGACCUGCUCGAGGAAUCUGGUGGGAACCUGUCUCCUGCAGAGUCGAUGACCUCCAUCCCCACCUGUAUGCCCUUCUCCUGGUUUGGAGACAAAGAGAGGGACAGAGACAGAGAGCCCUCCUCGUCCAGCAGCAGUCUGCCCUACACUAUGAAUGAGACCAGCAGUGAGCAAAGCCAGGAUCGCAAAAAUAAGACAAAUCUCUCCUGGUCCUCUUUAUUCAGUCGCUCAUUAGAUUUGAGUUUUUCGCUCAUAGAUGAUUCUAACCCUGCCAGUCCCAGUUCAGACCUCACUGGGUUAGUCGCUGAGCCCAUUCUGUCUGGGCGCUCACAUACUUUAAUCUUCUCUUCCAGCGAGACUUUGGAUGAUGAACCAGUAGCUGUAGGAAAGGAGUAUCAGUGGCAGAACCGACCAGUUCCUGAGUGGACCAAUCAGCAGGUCUGUCACUGGUUGAUGGGCAUGAAUAUGGACCAGUACACACCUGAGUUCACAGCUAAAGGUGUCGACGGCCAGCAGCUCCUGAACUUGGACAGUGAGAAGCUGAAGGCACUUGGUGUUUCGAGUCAAAGCGAUCGUUCAACCAUCAAGAAAAAGCUUAAAGACAUGAAAAAAGCCCAGGAGAAGCUGGAGAAACAGCGAGAGAAAAUGGAAAAAGAAGUCCGACGCAGUGCUAAACUGCCAGUUUCUAAUGACUCUGUCUGCUGAGGAAUCAGCUCUGUUCUCAGAGUCAAGUCUUCCCAUGAAGCUCAUCUCCGUGCAGAACUCAAAACCUUUUUUCCUCUGCAGCCUGGGUUCUGUGGUGGUUGGCACCAUCUCUGCCCUGUUGGCCAGCUGGGAACUUCCCGAGUGACAUUUCUCUGUUUUCCCUGUGCAGCUUUUCUUCAGGUGCAUCUACUCAGUCCUGAGACAGGAGACGUUGGAUGAUGGUAACUUGGAGUAUGAUGUGUUUGUGUUGGACUGGGACCAGCUGAUAAAGUGACCGUUAAUUCAACAUGUAUCAUAUCUGUGACUGCUGGAGUCUGCUCAUUCUGUUGUGAUUUAUCUUCAUUUUAUCAAUGUUUUCUCUCAGAUGAAUUAACUUCAGCUUCAAACAUUUUAUUUGAACGAGGAAUGUUAUAUUUGGCUUGUGACCAAAAUGAAAAUUGACAUUUUCACCACUAAAACCUACAAGCUAAUUGUAAACGUCUGUACUGAAAAACGAUUUUAGUUCUUACAGAUCGAGCGCACGCUUAUGAAAUUAAUAUGUAAUCAGCUUUUGUUUUUUUCCCCCAAAUAUGCUUUGUAUGUUUUCUGAAAAUGUCUGACUCAGUGUUGAGUUUUUGGUGGGAACAGUUUUUGUACAGUUCUGAUAAAAGCACUAUAUUUGUCUUUUAAGCUUGUGUGGGUUUAAAGGUUUUUUUAAUGUAUAAAUAAGUUUUAUACUUAUGUCUGCUAACUGCAUAUUUUUUACUUUAAUUUCAUCGUACGUUUUAUACUCUAAGUUUUCUACUAAGUAGAAUAGCUAAACCAUUUAUUUUCUGCUGGAAGAAAAGCAACAAAAUGAUUUGGGGACCAGGUGAACGCUGCUGCUCUGUGCUCGACCCAGACUCGGUAUCGCUCAGAUGGUACCGCAACGCUGCAUGUGAAUAAAGACACUAAGAGGACCUCACAGGACCAAAAGACAGAAACCGGUGCGUUAAUGUGAGGCUGAACAAUGAACAGGUUCUGUACAGAAUAUAAAAUGUAUGACUGCAAGAACAUUUUCUACGUCGAGAAGCGAUUCUUGGUACACACAGCAUCAAUAAACUAAUUUUCACUCAU